CCACCGCCACCGCCGCCGCAGGGAACAUGGAGCCCCCAGAUGCCCGCGCAGGGCUGCUGUGGCUCGCCCUCCUCCUGGCCGGCCACUCAGGUGCCCAGGCUGAGGUGCAUGUGUCGGUGCCCCCUCUGGUGGAGGCGUUGCAAGGAGAGCUCAUCACCCUGGACUGCAAGCCUCGCGAGCAUCCUGACCAUUAUGUGCUGGAGUGGCUCCUUGUUGAUGCUUCCGGGUCCCGACAUCACCUGGCUUCCGUGGAGCCGCAGGGCUCAGAGCUCCUGCGCACAGUUCACAACUCUCGGGGCCGCAGUCCCCCGUACCAGCUGGACUCCCGCGGUCGCCUGGUGAUAGACAACGCCCAGGUGGGCGAUGAGCGGGACUACGUGUGCGUAGUGAAGGCCGGGUCCGAGGGCACCUCCGAGGCCACCUCAAGUGUCCGCGUCUUUGCGAUCCCCGAGGCUACGGAGGUGAUGCCCAACAAAGGGACGCUGUCUGUGAUGGACGAGUUUGCCCAGGAGAUCGCCACCUGCAGCAGCCGCAAUGGAAACCCGGUGCCCCAGAUCACGUGGUACCGGAACGGCCAGCGCCUGGAUGUGCCGGUGGAGAUGAACACAAAGGGCUACAUGACCAGCCGCACCGUCCGGGAGGCCUCGGGCCUGUAUUCCCUGACCAGCUCCCUCUACCUGAGGCUCUACAAGGAGGAUCGAGAUGCCAGAUUCCACUGUGCCUCUCACUACAAGUUACCCUCGAACGAACACGGCCGCCUGGACAGCCCCACCUUCCACAUCACUCUGCACUACCCAACAGAGAAUGUAGAGUUCUGGUUGGGGAGUCCAUCCACCACAGAAGGCUGGGUACGGGAGGGUGACGCCGUCCAGCUGCUCUGCCAGGGUGAUGGCAGCCCCAGCCCAGAGUAUUCCUUUUUCCGCAUUCAGGGCCCCCAGGAGGAACAGCUAAAUGUCAGCCUCAAUGGGAGCUUCACCCUGGAGGGCGUGUACCGGAAUCAGAGCGGAAUCUACGGCUGCAGAGUAGAGGACUAUGAUGCCGGCGAGGAUGUACAGCUUGUCAAGAAGCUGGAGCUGCAUGUGGCCUACCUGGACCCCUUGUUGCUGACCGUGCCCGAGGAGUUCUCCGUACCCCUGAACAGCAGUGGCACAGUGGUUAACUGCUCAGCCACAGGCCUGCCUGCUCCUGCUGUGCGCUGGACUAAGGAUUCUGUGACCCUCACAAAUGGCCCCAAGCUCUCUCUUGACUCUGUUACCUUUGACUCAGCUGGCACCUACACUUGUGAAGCCUCAACACCCAUAGUCCCCCUCCUGAGCCGGACACGGAGUUUCCAGCUGAUGGUCCAAGGGCCACCAGAGAUAAAACCAAACGAGAUAAAGCCUAUAUCGGGGAAUAGCUGGACGGAAGGAGAUGAAGUCAUGCUGACCUGCUCUGCCCGAGGCUACCCGGAACCCAAACUCACCUGGAGUCAGCGAGGUGAUACUCCAGCAGAGCCGCCCUUUGAGGGCAAAGGCUGGAGGAGCAGCUCGCUGAUGGUGAAAGUUACCAGCGCCCUGAGCCGAGAGGGCGUGUCCUGUGAGGCCUCCAACAUCCAUGGCAAGAUCGACCAUGUCUUCCACUUCGGCUCUGUGGCCCCCCAGACCGCCCAGGCUGGAGUGGCUGUCAUGGCCGUAGCCGUCAGCGUGGGUCUCCUGCUGCUUGUGGUCGCUGCCUUCUAUUGCAUGAGACGCAAGGGGCGCCCCGCCUGCUGCCGGCGAGCAGAGAAGGGGGCUCCGCCAGCCAGGGAGCCAGAAAUGAGCCACUCUGGCUCCGACCGUCCAGAGCAGACAGGCCUCCUCAUGGGUGGGCCCUCCGGAGGCAGAGGUGCCAGUGGGGGUUUUGGAGAUGAGUGCUGAGAUGAAGACCUCCCAGAGGCCGUCUCUGGAUCUGGAACUUGGAGCAUCAUCGGAGGACCGGCUCUGUGCACACGCCUCCGCCUCCUUCCUCCUCCAGCCUUGGCCCUCCCUUCCUUCCUCUGCCUGCUGCUGGAUAGGGACCCAUAGUGGCCAGCGGCCUCAGGGAGGGGGGCUGGGAGGGGGCCUUCCUCCAGGGAAUGUAACUCUCCCAGGCCCCAGAAUAGCUCCUGGACCCAAGCCCAGGGCCGGGCCUGGGACACAGCGCUGAGGGUCGGCAGGCCGGGUUAUUUUUACCGCCUGCCUCCCUUGCUGGGCACUGCCCCCCACCUGGUAGCCUGCUGUGUAGUCGGACACUGGAAUCCCCAGCCCACCCCCUCCCUGCCCAUCUCCCCCAGCCCAUCGUUUGUGGACACUGGAUUCAGAAAUAAAUGCUGCCUGUCACAUGGAUA